AUGGCUAUCGAAGUGCUUCCGAUCACCACUGCAGAUAUCCCCGCCGCCGUAGCGUGCAUCCAGAGGGCCUUUGCUGACGAUCCGUAUUUCAAAUGGAUUUUCAAUACGUCCAAGUUAAACGUCCACCGCAACGCAGCCUCCCUCUCCGCCCACCUGCGCUACGGGAUCAACUGCAAAGCCCCCAUCUACGUCGCCAAAUUCACUCCCGACCCGGACCAGAAGGUGCCAAUUCCCAUCCUCACGCCCAAAAUCGUAGGCGUCUGCUGGUGGUUCCCGCCCCACCCGCCCUCUAAGCCCGAGAGCUGGACAGAGUGGACGCAGGAAUGGAUCCUGUCUUUCCGCCAGUUUCUGUUUAACGUCCGCUAUUUUGGUCGCGGGGGUUUGAAUCUGCGUCGGUACCAUAUCUGGAAGGAUGUACAGAAGGAGACUCAUGAUGAAGUCUGGGUUGAUCCGAAAGGUUAUUACUUUUGUAAUGUGAUUGCGGUUGAUUCGGAGAUGAGGGGAAUGGGUGUUGGGCGGAUGUUGGUGGAUGUUGUUACCGAGAGGGCGGAUCGGGAGGGAGUUCCGUGUUACUUGGAGAGUUCGAAGGGGAUGCCUAAUCUCAAGAUCUAUGAGAAGCUGGGUUUUGAUUUGGUCAAGGAGAUUGAGUGUGUCGAUGAGCGGGAUGCGUGCAAGUUGUAUUGCAUGACCAGAGAGCCCAAACUCAAGGCUUAG